UGCUGCAUGAAUUGAAGCUUGGUAAGAAGUUUCUGGUCAUUGAUACUGAAUUUGCUGGGAAACUUCUUGAUACUGGUCUUGUUGGAGCUGCGAAGCUUCUUGGUACUGGUCUUGUUAGAGUUGCGAAGCUUCUUGGUACUGGUCUUGCUAGAGCUGAGAAGUUUCUUGAUACUGGUCUUGCUAGAGCUGAGAAUCUCCUUAGUACUGGUCUUGCUCAG